UUAUAAAAUUAUUAUUAAAAAAACAGAGAUUUGUGGAUAAUAAAUUGAUGUUCCGAGAACGAAGUCUUGUUUAGGAGGUAUUCUUUUUCUUUAUUCCAUUCUAUGCAUCCAAACUUAACUUCCAAAAACUUGUUUCAUUUGCAAAGAAUCUUGUGUCAAUUUGGAUUUCUAUACUUUUAGCAAGAAAUCCAGUUUCUGGGUCAUCUUUAUUCUUCUUAAAUUCUUCUGGGUCAUCUUUAUUUCCCCCCAAGAUUUCACCUUUUUAUGAAUCUUGCAACUUGAUUUGGAGAAUUAACAAAACCCCUAAUUCUUUUAGGGAUUUAAGAUCCAAUUUGGUGUUUUUUUUUUUUUUUGGAUUUUUUUUGAUUGAUGGGCUAGUGAACAGAUGAGUGAAUAGUUAAUGAAGAGUAUUUUCAUGAGGGUUUUGUUCUGCAAGAUCCACUGUUCUUCAUUCAUAUGUUUCUGCAAACCGUCAACUGCUUCUCAUCUUUACAACUCCGGCCCUUUGAAAUUGGAAAAUUCCCCUCAGGCCCCUCAUCCAUCAGUUGUAACUGUAACUGACCCAUCUGAUCAAAACCAUGUUGAAGAAAGUGUUGAACAGAUUAAAGAGAAUGAGAUUUCUGAAGAUGAAAAGCAAGAUUCACAGAUUGAGAUUGUUGUUCUUAGAAGUUGUAUGAAGAAGAAGAAGAAGGGUGAUUCACAAUCAAGAUCACCAGUUGGUAGAAAGAAAGUGCAAUGGGUGGAUAAUUUAGGUGAACAACUUGUUGAUAUCAGAGAGUUUGAAUCCAGUGAAACAGGAGAUGCAGAUAAUGAAGACGAUAAUAAUGCUUGCUUUUGCGCGAUUCUUUGAUGUUUUCUUCAAAAUCUCCAUGUUCAUAGGAUACGAAAAGAUCGGCUGUAAGUUCAAUACUAAAUUUACUUCAUUAAAUUUGAUAUAUAUAUAUAUAUAUAUCGAGUGGCCUGUAAAGAUCGAAGCUACAUUUUUAGAUUUUAUUUUGUAACUCAUAUGUAAGAAUUGAUGUUAUUAUUGAGCUUUCCAAACACUUUGUGAGUUUGUUCUACUACCAAAUUCGGUUCUUGGUCUCAAAA